AUGCCCCGACUGAUGGCGCUGCCAUCGCAGCUACAGCAAUUUGCCGCCAGGCCUAUCCUCCAACAAUCCUCCCCGCUAGCCUUCCUCCUCCCGCAAUCCCGCAAUGCCUCAAUCCUAGCCUCUCUCUCCGACAAUCCCUCCGCUUACAACAAGCGCAUCCGGAGAGGUCGCGGUCCAUCCUCAGGCAAGGGCAAGACCUCCGGUCGCGGUCACAAGGGCCAAGGCCAGCACGGCAAAGUCCCCGCUCGCUUCAAUGGUGGUCAGACGAAGGAUAUCAUCGUUCACGGUGAGCGUGGUGGUGUCAACAUCUUUUCCGUCGACAUGGCAACAGUCAACCUAGACCGCAUCCAAUCCUGGAUCGACCAAGGCCGCCUAAACCCAUCCCUCCCAAUCACCGUAAAAGAACUCCACAGCUCUGGCUGCAUUAACCGCCCAAUCGACGGUGUCAAAAUCCUAGGCGAUGGCGGCGACUCUCUAAAACAACCCAUUCACAUUGUCGCCUCGCGCGCUUCCGCCUCCGCUAUCAAUGCCAUCGAGGCUCUUGGCGGUUCUGUCACUACGCGCUACUACACUGCUUCUUCUAUUCGACGCAUUCUGGCUGGUGAGACGCAUUCGUUUAUUUCUGAGCAGUGGGAUUUGAAGUCUGGAUCACCGGGGUUGUUGGAGGCUGCUGCGGCGGCUUAUCGCGCUGCGCAGCCUUCCGAGACUGCUCAGGCUUCUGGAGAGGGAGCUCAGGCUGUUGAUGUUGAUGUUUUGGAGGUUGCUACUGGCAAGUAUCGACUUCCUGACCCGACUAAACGUCGGGAUAUUGAGUACUAUCGUGACCCUGCCCACCGCGGUUAUUUGAGUCAUUUGCUUAAGGGCUCAGAGGGUCCUAGUUUGUUCUUCCGUUCUUCUGAGGAGAGGAAAUCUGCUGCUGGUGUUACGAAGAAGAAGGUUUUGCCGGAGAACAGACUCUGGUAG